AUGGCUAGAACAGCAAUAGGUAUUGAUUUGGGUACAGCAUACUCAUGCGUUGCUGUAUUUCAGCAUGGUAAAGUUGAAAUCAUUCCUAAUGAACAAGGAAAUCGAACAACACCAUCUUAUGUUGCAUUCACCAAUGAUGAACGUUUAAUUGGUAAUGCAGCUAAAAAUCAAGCAUCUAUUAAUUCAAAUAAUACUAUCUUUCAUGCUAAACGACUUAUUGGUCGUAAAUUCCAUGAUCCAACUGUACAAGCUGAUAUGAAACAUUGGCCAUUUAUAAUAGUAAAUGAUGCUGGUAAACUAAAGAUUCUAGUUGAAUAUAAAAACGAAACAAAAUUAUUUACACCUGAAGAAAUCUCGGCAAUGAUAUUAACAAAAAUGAAAAAAAUAGCCGAGAUUUAUCUUGGUAAAAAAGUUACCGAAGCUGUUAUUACCGUUCCGGCUACUUUCAAUGAUUCACAACGUCAAGCAACAAAAGAUGCUGGUGUUAUUGCUGGUUUUAAUAUAUUACGUAUUAUUAAUGAGCCAACAGCUGCUGCUGUUGCUUAUGGUUUAGAUAAAAGAAUAUCUGCGGAACGAAAUAUAUUAGUUUUUGAUUUGGGUGGUGGUACUUUUAAUGUAUCAGUUUUAACAAUUGAAGAAAACAUCUUCGAAGUUAUAUCAGUAGCUGGUAAUACACAUUUAGGUGGUGAAGAUUUUGAUAAUCAAAUGG